GUUUUGAGGAGGUUGGAUGUUCGAGAAAUGUGGCUUAUUUUGGUGGGAUAUCUCAACGCUCAAGUGCUGGAAAACGAACGAAUUACCCUGUACCUCAGAAUAAACAGUCGCAUCGCUGAGUCUCUUUUCGGUUUUCUUUUGGAUGCGCUGACAUGAGAUUGACUGCGAAUGGCAGCGCGGCACGCGCCCGACCCCACAAGAAUACGAACCGACAGGAUCAGCAGAGCAGGGGUCUGGUGGAGUUCAGCUUGGGCUCCCUACCAUGUUGGGACUGGCGCGGGUCCGGCGGGCAAUGCCGCGACGUUGCCGUGAGCGAUCAAAUUGGUAAUCUGCCGCGCAGAUUCCUCGCUGACCCUCGCAGCUGUCUGGUCCACGAUGGCUUGCAGGAUUCCAAAGGCGGAGAGUCCGCCAGUUGUUUCGUGGAGAUGCAGUGUGUACCACAGUACGCCAAUCGCUGCCAUGGGCAGCUGCAUGUUUCAGCUCUUCUGGGACAAACUCAUCCCCCAGAUUUUGCUGACCCCGGCCCUAGCGCCAUCAAAGUUGUGAGACAUUUGGGCGGUCUGACAGGCAAACCACAGAACUGCACCAAUCGCCACAAUUCUUGUGGGACGGGGCUGGUUUCAGAGAGAUGCCAAGAGUCAAGCGCGGCGUUCACAGCACCCUACCCCUGGGAAUCUCCCUUUUGAACGCGUCCCUUUUUUCUUGGCAGGGGAUGGCGCUGUCGCUGGGUGAAAGCCUCACACAGCUGACAACAAUUCUUCUUUUUUCUUUCUUCCCUUUUCAGGUUGACCAUCUGGCGAUCUUUCAGCCUAGGUAAAUUUCUUUGAUUGUCCUGGUUUCCCUCUCGACUUUUUUCCUUCUCUUUUCGCCCUCCUGUCACUCCUUUCGACCUUCUUCCACCUGGCACAACCAACAGCCCUCGCAGCAAAUACGGACCAUCAGUG